AUGUUGGGGCUGGCAUCUUCGGGGAAGGCUGCCAUCGCCAAGAAACCGGAGAGGGACUGGCGGAGCUUCCCUCUCGUGAGGGUUGCUCGGGAGGACAGCGGUAUCGACGACGAUGACGCCAACGAGGAAGAGAGCUCCUGUGCCCUGGCGAGGAAACGCGCGCUCCUCCGCGUGAGGCUCGCUCGGCAGCGGCAAAGCCUGGCAACGGCUGCUGUGGACGCCAACGAGCGAGGGCUCCGGGCGGAGCGGCGCCGGAGAAGGGAAGAGAAGCUCGCUGCCCUCCUCAUGAAAGCUCGACGAGAUGAGGACUUUUGUGGUAGCGGUGCUGGCUCUGAAGACGGUUCAAUUUGCGGUGGCAGGCGAAGUGCGUCGGGAUAUUACCCGGGCCGAUACCGAAGACCAAAAGACAACAAGCGAGAUGAGUUUCCCCAGAGGCGCUGCGGGAGUAGGCGCUUGGGUAGUGUGGGAGGCAUGCGGCGCAGUGAUAGCGCUGAGAAGCGCUGCAUGGAGGCACUAGUGGGUCAUCGACAAGAAGCACCAGCAGGACAAGAAGAUGAUGACGAGGAUCGGGUACCACGGCAGCCUCUAAAGGUUACCCCCGUGGCGGCAGCCUGUGGCAGCCGCUCGGGAUAUUGGAGGGUAGGCGACAGGAAAGAGGAGGAGGCCAGGGAGGAUGAAGGGGGCCGAAGCUUUGGCGGCGGCGGCCGUGGCGGCGAUGCUUCGGUGGUGAAAAGGGUGACAUCGGGGUGUACCUGGUGCUCGAAGCGGGUCGACUUCGGCAUCGAACGGCGACUCAACCUCGCCAAGAAACUGACAGAGCCAGUCAUGAUCGCGACGCAGUCAGGAUGA